AGACUGAAGAGUGGCACGUUUCUCCCCCAAAACAACUCCAAAAGUGUCCGAAAACAAAACAAAGUACAGCUGAGCGCGCUACGGGAGGUCGAGGAGGACACGGCGAGGACGCAGCGCGCUUUGGGGCACGUUUUGGACACAUUUUUCAUUGGAUUUUCAACUUUUUUUCCCCAGUGCGCUACAGAAAACCCGAUGAAACAAAAGACAUAUACGCGCUUACUGUAGUUGCAUUGAGCGCUGGCUGUGCGUCAACUGUGCGCGCACGCUCUUUACCGCGGACUGUGGGAUCUUUUGGGGACUGACACCAAGCACAUGAGCGGCUCUGAGCGCGCUCUGGAUCCCCUGGGAUUACAAUAACGAGGCGAUGGAUAAUUUCUUCACGGAGGGGGAGCGGGUGUGGCUGCGGGAGGAUGAGCAGUACCUGCCCAGCACCGUGUCGUCCUGCGCUGGUGGAGUCGUCGUCUUCUCCACCGACUAUGGACAGGUGUACACGUACAAGCAGAACGCCCUGACGCGGCAGAAGGUGCAGCCCAUGCACGUGAGCUCGGUGCACUCUGUGGAGGACAUGUCUGCUCUGGACGACCUGCACGACGGAGCCAUCAUGUACAACCUGUACCUGCGCUACCAGCAACGCCUCAUCUACACAUACAUUGGGUCCAUUCUGGCUGCGGUGAACCCGUACCAGAACCUCCCGGGCCUGUACGACCGCUCUGCCGUGGACCGCUACAGCGCCCAUCACCUAGGAGAUAUCAGCCCGCACAUCUACGCCAUCGCCAACGAGUGCUACCGAGCUCUGUGGAGGAGGCCGCUCAACCAGUGUGUGCUCAUCAGUGGUGAGAGUGGAGCAGGGAAAACCGAGAGCACUAAGCUGAUCCUGGGCUUCCUGUCAGCCAUGAGCCAGCAUUCCCAGGAGCUGUCAUCCAAAGACCGGACGUCCCAUGUGGAGGAGGCACUUCUGGAGAGCAGUCCAAUCAUGGAGGCCUUCGGAAACGCCAAAACGGUGUACAACAAUAACUCCAGCCGCUUCGGAAAGUUUGUCCAACUGCACUUCAGCCAAAAAGGCAACAUCCAGGGAGGACGCAUAGUAGACUACCUCUUAGAAAAAAACCGAGUUGUGCGUCAGAACCCUGAGGAGAGGAACUACCACAUAUUUUAUGCUCUGUUGGCUGGUACCAACACACAGCAGAAAGAGGCCUUUGGUUUGUCCUCUCCAGAAAGUUACCACUAUCUCCGUCAGUCGGGCUGCAUCCACGACCAGACAAUCAAUGACAAAUGCACUUUUAAUGACGUUCUGAAUGCAAUGCGCACGAUGCAGUUCACAGAGGAAAACAUAGCUGAGGUUUUGCGUCUUCUGUCGGGGAUACUCAACGCAGGAAAUAUCGAAUUUGAAACAGCAGGGGGCGCUCAGGUUGCAACCAAAUCAGCUCUGAAUCGGACGGCGGAGCUACUGGGACUGAACUCGGAGCAGCUGUCUGAGGUGCUCACCCAUCGCUCCAUGAUCCUCAGAGGAGAGGAGAUCUGCACACCUCUCACUGUGGAGCAGGCGGUGGACUCUCGGGACUCGAUGGCGAUGGCACUUUACUCCCAGUGUUUCAACUGGAUCAUUCACAAACUCAACUCUCGCAUCCAGGGCAAGAACGACUUCAGGUCCAUCAGUAUACUCGACAUCUUCGGCUUCGAGAACUUUGAGGUGAACCGCUUUGAGCAGUUCAACAUAAACUAUGCAAACGAGAAGCUGCAAGAAUACUUCAACAAACACAUUUUCUCCCUUGAGCAACUUGAAUACAACAAGGAGGGUCUGGUCUGGGUGGACAUUGACUGGAUGGACAAUGGAGAGUGCUUAGAUCUGAUUGAGAAGAAACUGGGUCUGUUGGCACUUAUGAAUGAGGAGAGCCACUUUCCCAAAGCCACAGACGGCACUCUGCUGGAGAAACUGCACUGCCAGCACUCGAAAAAUCCAUUCUAUGUGAAGCCUCGAGUUGCAGUCCACUUUUUUGGAGUGAGACACUACGCUGGGGAGGUGGUGUACGACGUCAGAGGCAUGUUGGAGAAAAACAGAGACACGUUCAGAGACGACAUCCUCAACCUACUCAGAGAGAGCAGGUUGGACUUUGUGUACGACCUGUUUGAACAUGUGCUGAGUCGGAAUAAACAGGACACUCUGAAGAGCAGCACCAAGCACCGCCGCCCCACCGUCAGCUCACAGUUUAAGGACUCUCUCCACUCUCUGAUGGCCACCCUGAGCACAUCCAACCCCUACUUCAUCAGAUGCAUCAAACCAAACAACCAGAAGAUGCCGGACCAGUUUGACCAGGCCUUGGUGCUGAACCAGCUCCGGUACUCAGGCAUGCUGGAGACGGUGAAGAUCAGACGCACUGGUUUCCCUGUACGGAGGCCUUUCCACGAGUUCUGUGCCAGGUACAAGGUGCUUUUGCAGAGCUCGUGGGGGCAGGACGACCCUAAGGCCUGUUGUGUGCAUCUGCUGCACCUGUACGACAGCAGCGGCGCAGAGUGGCAGCUUGGAAAAACAAAGGUUUUCCUGCGUGAGUCACUGGAGCAUCGUCUGGAGAAGCAGAGAGAGGUGGAGGUGCUCAAAGCAGCUAUGAUCAUCCAGGCUCACAUCAUGGGAUAUAUGGCCAGGAAGCAGUACCGGCGUUUGCUGCAAUGUAUUGUGGUCAUCCAGAAGAACUACCGCGCAUUCUACUGGAGGAAGCGCUACCUGCUGAUGCGCUGGGCUGCCCUGACUUUCCAGAGGAGGGUCAGAGGUCAGAGGGCACGGCGAGAGUUUGUCCUACUCAGGGAGGAGAGGAUGAGGAGGCUGGAGGAGGAAGAGCAGAGGAGGAGAGAGGAGGAGGAGAUGGAGAGAGAGAGACUGAGGCUGGAGGCUGAGAGGAUGCUCAGAGAGGCUGAAGAAGCAGCUCGACUUGAGGAAAUCCACUUCCUGUCACUCACCGCGUCUCAUUCUGAACCCCAACCUCCAGAGACAGAUACCCCCACAGACCUACCCACCACCGCUCCCCUUCCUAUCCCCCUGUCUGCCCCCCUACCUGCUCCCCUCCCUGCCCCAGCAGAGGAGACUGGGCAGGAGGAGCGCGUGAGCAGCGAGGCCUCUCAGGUGGAGGAGAUCCUGCGUCUGGAGCGUGAGAUCCAGAGCCUCCAGCGGCAGAAGGAGCGUCAGGAGCUGUCUCUGACUGAGGCCUCCCUGCACCGGCUCCAGAGGCUCAGGGACCAGGAGCUGCAGAGGCUGGAGGACGAGGCCUGUAGAGCCGCGCAGCACUUCCUCGACUCGCUCAACUUCCACGAGAUUGACGAGUGUGUGAGGAACAUCGAGAGCUCGCUGCAGACAGAGGAGAAGGACGGGGACCGGCACAGAAGAGAUGAAGAGGAGGUAGACGAGGGCUUUGGAGCUGAUGACGAUGCGUUCAAAGACUCUCCGAACCCCAGCGAGCAUGGACACUCGGACGGCCAGCGCACCAGUGGCAUCCGCACCAGUGACGACUCUUCGGAGGAGGACCCCUAUGCCAAUGACGCCGUGCUCCCGAUCCCUAACGCGCCCCUGCCCUCCUCAGAAGCUCCAUCCGACGAGAUGGUGGAGCUGAUACCCCCCGACGAGGACUCCGACUAUGACCAGGAUGACUAUGAUGAGGGGGCCAUAGUGUCGAGUGGGAGUGUGGCACUGUCUAAUUCCCGGAGCGGUCAAUGGUCACCUGACUACAGAGGCUCGGUUGGGACAUACAACAGCUCUGGGGCGUAUCGUUUUGGAUCGGAGGGCGCGCAGUCUUCGUUUGAGGACAGUGAGGACGACGUGGACAGACUGGACACAGAUGAUGAGUUAUCCUACAGACGAGACUCUGUGUACAGCUGUGUCACUCUGCCGUACUUCCACAGCUUCCUCUUCAUCAAAGGUGGUCUGAUGAACACAUGGAAGCGUCGCUGGUGCGUUCUGAAGGAUGAGACGUUCCUGUGGUUCCGGUCCAAACAAGAGGCUCUCAAACAGGGCUGGCUCCAUAAGAAGGGAGGGGGCUCGUCCACUCUGUCCCGACGCAACUGGAAGCGGCGCUGGUUUGUCCUGAGGCACAGUAAGCUCAUGUACUUCGAGAACGACGGAGAGGACAAGAUGAAGGGCGUGCUGGACAUUCGGGAAGCCAAGGAGAUUAUUGACAACACUGGAAAGGAGAAUGGCAUCAACAUCGUCACAGCGGAGAGGACGUACCAACUGAUCGCAGAGUCCGCUGAAGACGCCAGCCAAUGGUUCAGCGUCCUGACCCAGGUGCACGGCUCCACAGAGCAGGAGAUCAGAGAGAUGCACGACGAACAGGCCAACCCCCAGAAUGCUGUGGGCACAUUGGACGUUGGGAUGAUCGACUCUGUGUGUGCCUCUGAUAAUCCAGAGAGGCCCAACUCCUUCGUCAUAAUCACAGCUAAUCGAGUGCUGCACUGUAACGCGGACACCCCAGAGGAGAUGCACCACUGGAUCACUCUGCUGCAGAGGUCAAAGGGCGACACGCGGGUGCAGGGACAGGAGUUUGUCAUCAGAGGCUGGCUGCACAAAGAGAUGAAGAACAGCACCAAGGCCUCCCUGAAGCUGAAGAAGCGCUGGUUCCUGCUUACCCAUAAUUCCCUGGACUACUACAAGAGCUCAGAGAGGAACGCCAUGAAACUGGGAACGUUGGUCCUCAACAGCCUGUGCUCCGUGGUCCAACCUGACGAGAAGGUCUUCAGAGAGACCGGUUACUGGAACGUGAUUGUGUACGGCCGUAAGCACUCGUACCGCCUCUACACCAAGUUGUUAAAUGAAGCUACUCGUUGGGCCAAUUCUAUCCAAAAUGUGAUAGACUCCAAAGCUCCAAUCGACACGCCCACACAGCAGCUCAUCCAGGACAUCAAGGAGAACUGUCUAAACUCUGAGCUGGUGGAGCAGAUCUACAAGAGGAACCCCAUCCUGCGCUACAGCCACCACCCUCUGCACACGCCCCUGCUGCCACUGCCCUAUGGAGACAUACACAUCACAGGCUCCCGCAGCGGCUCCUACACCACCCUGCAGGACGAGGCACUGAAGGUGUUCUCCUCCCUGCAGCAGCUAGAGGGCGCCGCGUCCGACCCGGUGCCUCUGAUCCAAACUGUGCUGCGGACGGGACAGGAGCUGAGGAGCCUGAGGGACGAGCUCUACUGUCAGAUCAUCAAACAAACGCUCCGCCCACCACAGCCUGCAAGCCCCGCCCACCUCAGCACCUGGAAGCUCCUGGCCUGCAUGUCCUGCACCUUCAUCCCAUCCCGGAGCAUACUGCGCUACCUCAAGUUCCACCUCAAGAGGACCAGAGAGCUGUUCCCAGGCUCGGAGAUGGAGAAGUACAGUGGGUUUGCUCUGGAGGCUCUGAAGAGGACCAGGAGCAGAGAGAACGUCCCGUCACAGGAGGAGAUCCGCUGCAUCGUGGCCCGACAGGAGAUGACAACAACUGUGCACUGCCACGGAGGAGGCUCCUGCAAGAUCACCAUCAACUCCCACACCACGGCCGGAGAGGUGGUGGAGAAGCUUCUGCGCGGCCUGGCCAUGGAGGAGAGCAGGAACAUGUUUGCUCUGUUUGAACACUGCAGCUCCAGCAGCACCGAGAAGGCCAUCGAGAGCCGCGCCGUGGUGGCCGACGUCAUCGCCAAGUUUGAAAAAUUAUCGGCAGGCGCAGACCAGAGCAGCGCUGGGUGGAAGUUCUACUUUAAACUCUACUGUUUCCUGGACACGGACAACGUUCCCAAAGACAGUGUGGAGUUUGCCUUCAUGUUCGAGCAGGCCCAUGAGGCAGUGAUCCGAGGCCAGUACCCCGCCCCAGAGGAGACCCUUCAGUUCCUGGCUGCUUUACGCCUCCAGUACCUCCAAGGCGACUCCUCCUCCCAGACCUCCACCCCCGAACUCUCCCAGGUCUUCCCCAUGUCCCGCCUACGCGCUCGGGUACACAACUCCGUCAAGUCCUUCGCUCCCGGGACCUCCGGCACACUGGAACGCUCCGGGACAUCUGAGAGAAAGAGGUCCAGCUUUUUGGACGGAACCUUGAGGAGGAGCUUCCGGAGCGGGUCCAUGAGUAAGCAGAGGGUGGAGGAGGACAGCAGUCUGGAGGCUUGGAUGAGGGAUGAAGAGGCUACGCUGAGAGCUAGCGUCCUGGAUAAGUGGAAGAAACUGCAGGGGAUGAACCAGGAGCAGGCCAUGUUAAAGUAUAUGUCACUGGUGAAAGAGUGGCCCGGAUAUGGAUCCACGCUAUUCAACGUGGAGUCCCGUGAUGGUGCUUUCCCGUGCGACCUGUGGCUGGGCGUGAGCAGAGAGGCCAUCUCUGUGUAUAAGCGUGGGGAGCCCUGGCCCCUGCAGGUCUUCCCCUACGAGCAGAUCCUGUCCUUUGGAGCGCCUCUGCCCAACUCAUACAAGAUCACUGUGGAGGGAAGAGAGCUGGUCUUCGAGACGCAAAUGGUGAUGGACAUAGCCAAACUGAUGAAGGCCUACAUCAGCAUGAUCGUCAAGAAGCGCUACAGCAACUGUCAGUCUGUGAGCAGCCACGGCAGCCAGAACAGCGCCUGGUGAAGUCUACUACACCCUCCGCUCCUACAGACUCUAUAUGAACCAGUGAACGCAUGAACAAAUGAAUGAAUGAAUGCUGGACCAGAACCACAAGCUCUUAAGAACCUACCACAAACCACCGCUAAAGAAAUGUACAGUAUACUGAAAUACACAGUACUUUCAACGGGAACUUUGAAACAAUGUACAAGAAUUGACUGUACAAAUAAGUAGGAUUGGUUUGUUGGUUAAGUACUUAUUUCAGGUCAAUUCACAAAGUGCUUAGGUAAAACAUUUUCAAUUAAACAAAGACAGAUGCAGGAUAGCUGACAUCUUAAUCAGCUUUUAAAACACCCUGUUGAUGUACACCCUGUUCAAAUUAGCAUUAGCAUUAGCCUUAAAAAGAGUCAUGAGUCCAGUAACUAUUAUAAAACUGCAUAUUUUUCUGUACAGCCCUAAAUACACCUUAGUUAAUACCAGAUACAUCAGCUCAGUUGUGUUUUCCAAUAACAUGCUAACAGAAAUACCUUUGCUAAAGCCAAAUACAGCCUACUACAAGCUCAUUCAGUUAUAAAUGGUUAAACAUAACAUGUAUUUGCUGUAUAAUUUAACUGCUAGCACUCCAUUGAUUUAGCCUUUAGCAUCUAUGGUGGCUCUGUAAGGACAAAAUCUAGUUGACAAUUUAUAUGAAAUAAUGAAUAGAAUGUUCUAUCAGAUAUGGACAGGGCCAAGUCACAACAAUUAUGAAACCAAAGAGACCUCCAUUUUGAAGUUUUUACGUGUGGAUUUAAAAAAACAAACAAAGCAUUUUAAUGUGUUUGGGUUUGAUCAGCCAUUUUAAAUUUGAUUGUAGGUGUGAUUUUUGAAUGUAAAAAAAAACAAGACAGUGAAAUGGAGACUUCAAAAUGUUUUGAAAAAUCUCUGGGAUGACCUGUCCGUUGUAAAUAAUACGCAUGUGUUUGUCCCAUAUAUUUUUUGUUUUUGUCGAUGGUUUAGAUGCAAAGUGCCCGGUUCAGUUCUGGGCACAGACUUUGUAACAGAAUCCAAAGGUGCUCAUUCUUUUAAAAUGUUUUGUCAAUAAUAUAAAUAUACAAAAAUAUACAGAUAUACAGAACUAUUCCAUAUUGUAGAUCAUUAUCUCCAUUUUUGGGAAAGCAGACAGGAGCAGCGUCACAUCUGUGUCGACUACAGUUGAGGAUACUUUACAAACUAUUUAUGUACUCAAAUACUUUCUUAUUAUUUAGUUUUGUUAUUUUUGUUGCACCCAUUUAUUAACAGUGGUGGAAGAAGUACUCAGUUUUGUUACUUAAGUGAAAGUACAGAUACCGGAACAAAAUAGUACUCAAGUAAAGUAUCACAUGAAAAAAUCCACUUAAGUAAAGUAUUUAAGUACAUUUUUAAAAAGGUACUUUAAGAGUUAAAAAUAUUUUGCAGAGAUUUUUGGAACUAUAAAAGCAUCAAAUGUAGUGAUUUUGAGAAAUAAUUUAGCUGAUUUUAACUGAUUCAAUUGAUUUCUUAAUAUUUCUGGCUGUUUUUGUGUAUUUGGUUUGCUUAAAGUUGGGACGUUAACACAGAUUAAAUGGGCUAUAAAUAAGUCGCAGCCAUUUCAGCAGGUCUCAACCCAUAAAGAAAAGUACUUUUCAGUCCAGUUAAAAAAAAAAUAGAAGUAGAAAGUACAGAUACAUGCUUCUAAAUGUAUGAAGUAAAAGUAAAAAGUAUCCAUUGUAAAAUAUACAGUACAGUAUACAAGUACAGAUACCAAAAAAAUUUACUUAAGUCCUGUGCUUUUUCUUUUGUGCUUAGUUACCUUCCACUAUUUGUACAGGUGGGUGUGUAAAGUUGAUUUUUUUUAUUUUUGUACAAAUUUAUUCCCUAAGAAUGUUCUAAUAAUAAUCCUAUAAAAGGUAAAAGUACAUUACUUUUUCUUGUAAGGACGCCAUUUUGAGGACUUGGAUGUAAUGAGUAGUUGAAUAGCUGUGUCAAAAAAUGUUUGAAACUCAUGGAUAUAGUUUUUGUUUGUUUGUUUUUUAAUCAAAUGUGGUUGCCAAAUAUUGGUGUAGAUUGGACUAAACCUGUUAUCUGUCACUACAAUCAUAUAAUGAAAUGUUAACUUGGUAAGAUCAUUUUAUAUUUUUGUUUUAUUAACGUGUCUCCUGUCUGUUUCUCCAAAUCGUACUAAAGUGUAAAAAUGUCCACAUCCAAAAGGCCUAGUUGAAUCUAAGUCUGUUCAGUGAAAUGCUGCAAGAUUCAUCACACCAUCAUUUCCUCCACAAACAACAAAACCUCCACAAACAACAGUCUUAUUCUGCUUAAAAACUGCUGACCCUGCAGUUUACAUGUUCUGAAAUGGGAUUCUUGUAUUAGUUUACCAGUUCAUAUUUCAGUCUUUUGAAAAUUCUGUGUGUAAAAUGUGAACUUUGAACACAAAAUCUAAUCACAAUCGCAAUUCUCAGCCAGAAAAAUCACAAUUGCAUAUUUUUCCCAAAUGGUUCAUCCCUGUCAGACCCUCAUUACAGCACGUUCCAGUAUAGUUUCCAUAGGCUGUACGUUACUUUUAGCCUUUAGCGACAACAUUCCUGGUUAUUUCCACGGAACUCCGCUGGCGGCAGAUCCAUCCAAAGAUACCUGAGCUGUCCCACACAGUGCCUUGUUGUAAAUAUGUAAACUUAUUUUGACGUGUGCUCUUGUUUUUGGUAUUAUGUGCAAUGUUAUAUUUUAUUAUUAUUAUUGUUCUAUAUAUUCCGUAUAAUCGUUGUGGCUGUACAUUUUAUACUGUCUCUGCCUGUUUAUGGAAACGUACCACAAGCUUCAGAAUCGUGUAUUUUUCUCUAUGACGCAGUGAGAUUUUGCGUUUUCUAUUGUAUUUACUGUGCUGUGUAUGGAAAUAAUGAUUCU